CUCCAGAGCCACCGUCCCUUAGCAACGGCCUCUCUGGGCAGGACGCGCAGCCAACGCCAGGCCCAGCAGGCAGGACUCCGGGACAGACGCAGGCCAGCUGCCCGGAGAGCACUCCUAACAUGGACACUGUGGAUGCCACCGUGGAGAAGCUCCGGGUGCAAUGCCUGUCCCGAGGGGCCUCGGGUAUCCAGGGCCUGGCCAGGUUUUUCCGCCGCCUGGACCGGGAUGGGAGCAGGUCCCUGGACGCGGGGGAGCUCCGGCGGGGCCUGGCCGAGCUGGGGCUGGCGCUGGACGAGGCGGAGGCAGAGGGCGUGUGCCGGCGCUGGGACCGCGACGGCAGCGGAACGCUGGACCUGGAGGAGUUCCUGCGGGCGCUGCGGCCCCCUAUGUCCCAGGCCCGGGAGGCGGUCAUCGCGGCCGCGUUCGCCAAGCUGGACCGCAGUGGGGAUGGGGUGGUGACAGUGGAUGACCUCCGCGGGGUGUACAGCGGCCGCGCCCACCCCAAGGUGCGCAGUGGGGAGUGGACGGAGGACGACGUGCUGCGCCGCUUCCUGGACAACUUCGACUCCUCCCAGAGGGACGGACAGGUCACGCUGGCGGAAUUCCAGGACUACUACAGCGGUGUGAGCGCCUCUGUGGACACGGAUGAGGAGUUCGUGGCCAUGAUGACCAGUGCCUGGCGGCUGUGAGCAGGGUCUGGGCUCGGCCAUGCCACCCAGUGCAGGACUAGGACGCCCUUCCCCAGGAGCUCCCCUUUCCUGGGUCUCCAAGCCACUGGGCUUUGAGCUUGAGCGGAGGGUGGGUGGGGGGAGGGAGGAAAAGUGGGAGAACUGAGGCUGCAGAACUAGCUGGAGCGGCUCCCUGCUGGGCACCAGGCAGAGGUGGAACAAGGACCCAGGACCCCAGGCCUCGUAGCCCUGUGGCUGUCCCAUCAUCUCUCCCCUGUGGGUCCUCCAGGAAGCCAGGCAGCUGCAGGAGGCUCUGUGUGAAGCCUGGCUGGAGAGGCAGAGUCUGGACCCCUGCUGGGUAUGGUGCCCAAGGUGAGGCCAGGGCCAUGCACACAGUCCAGGCUCUCGAGGGACCUGGGGAGGUGGCGGCUGUUCCUGGCCAGGGGCUUCCUGAAGCCCCUGGGGUGUGCGGGAGGCCAGGGUUUUAGUUAAAAGUUUAAUGUAGUUCCCAAAUACAUUUCAUAUGACAAUCUUACAUAAAUGUUCCAAAACACAUGGGCA